AUGGAAUCAUCUAAACUUUUGAGCCUCCUGGUGCUAUUCGCCCUUUUAGUGAAUGUCCAGGCACCUGGUCUGAGUAACUGGCUCUUUCCCAGGAAAUGCCCCAGAGUCAGAGGGACAUGUGAAUUCAGAGAACGGGAUCUGUGUACUGCAGACAGACAAUGCCAGGGCAACAAGAAGUGCUGUGUCUUCAGCUGUGGAAAAAAAUGUUUGGACAUUAAACAAGUCUUUCUGCAGAUGUAUGCACCAUGCCAAAAGAAUCUGGCCCCUGCAUGGCUCUUUUUCAACGUUGGUGGUAUAAUAAAGAAAAUAAUACCUGCUCCAUCUUCUUCUAUGGUGGCUGCCUUGGAAACAAUAACAACUUCCAAACCAAAAGCCUCUGCAUGA